AUAUAGUAUAUAACAGAAUAUCGUCAACGAGUGCCUAAUAGGUUUUUGAACGAAGAAAAUCGGAGACCUUGCACGCAACCAAACCAGAAACACGCUACUAUUCAAGAUGAGCAGGGACUCCGACAGAGGGGGAUACUCAACUCCUGAGGGAUCACCAAUCUGAGAGUACAUCUCAACCGCAUCUUGCGCCGUCUUACUUUUUGCCGUUGGAAUUGUGCCAGGGUGGAACGCACCGACCUUAAACUUGCUUCAGAAAUCGAACUUACCCAUAACCAUCGAGCAUUCGGACGUAGCUACUGUAUCAGCCGCAAUGGGUUUGGGUCACAUGUUUGCUCCCACUCUCACCAUACUGAUCACUGAUCGGCUUGGCAAGAAAAAGAGUCUUCUAAUUGCCAUUAUAGUAAUAAGCAUCAACUGGAGGUUGAUGGCAAUCGCGCAAACUGUGAAUGUUCUAAUCGUGGCGAGAUUCAUCAGUGGUUUCGCGAUGGGCAUGGUGAUAGGAAUCGCACCUACAUACCUCGGGGAAAUAGCUUCAGUGAGAAUUCGCGGUGCAAUAGAAAUGGUCUGCAGUGUGAUGAUGAACGCUGGUACACUAUUGGCCGUCGCUGCGAUACCGUACCUCUCUGUACGAACGACAGCAUAUACUAAAUCCCUGACGUUGAUUACCUUGGCCGCGGUGUGUAUCUGGUUCAUCCCCGAAUCCCCGUACUUUCUUGCGAUGGUUGGCAGGAUCGAAGAAGCCGAGGUCGUUCUGGAAGAGCUUCGAGGUAAAUCGGACGUGACAGAGGACCUGGAUCUGAUAAAAAACACCAUCACCGAGCUGGACAAAGGUGCGAAGAAACUGAAUAAGGACAAGGAGCCAAGGACACCAAAGAAAUUCGACAGCUUCCAGCAAAUCAAGAAACUCUUUACUGUGCCUGGUGAAAGAAAAGCAUUUUGUAUCAACAUGUUGAUGAUGAUAUGGAUGCAGUGCGGUGGUUACAUCACUUUUUUGGUAUAUUGUACGUUUCUAUUCGAUGCGUUGCAGUCUCCGAUUUUCCCAUAUACGUCGACGGUCGUUUUGAAUGCGUGUCAACUCGUUUCCACUGCCCUCACGGUCUUCGUGGUGGACAGAUUCGGGCGCAAGCCUCUGAUCGGUAUUUCAGGGAUCCUAAGCAGUGCUUGCCUCGUAAUCAUCACUGUGUAUUUUUUUCUGAUGGAAUGCACUGGAAUAGACGCUUCUUCCCACUCAACUUUGGCCGUUUGCGUUAUGUGCGUCAACGUAAUCGUGUUGAACUUUGGGCUGGUACCACUGCACUUGAUCCUCUUGGGCGAGACAGUUGCUUCUGAAAUUAAAACGCUGGUGAGCGACAUAAUCGUAUCGACAACUGGUCUGGCCGCUUCCGUUACGAUGAUAUUUUACAAACAGACGUCGGUAACCUGGGGAUUAGGCAACUCUAUGCCUUUCUUUGUUCUUGCCAUCGUAACCUGGCUCAUCACGGUGGCCAUCAUGAUAUUGCUUCCCGAAACGAAAGGCAAAACUUUCUUGAAGAUAGAAAGAAAACUUAACAAAUAACAAAUAAUCAUUAAGUGAACUUGAUGAGAGAAACUACACCGUGAUUGAAUGCUGAAUUUUUGGUUGAACAUACUUUACGAGUGUUUGAUCGUUGAAUCACGAGAAUGUAAACUGUUCGCACGCUCUUGCGCUAUUUAAAACGAAGGAUAAACGUAAAAAAUGUAACAGAGACACGUGGUUACACUGAUAACAUCAAAAAUAAAGCACCGUCAUCAUCGACAGGGUAGAAUAGAAUAAUAAAGAA